AUGAACGUUUUAAAACAAAGACAUCAAGUCACAGACUCGCAAGGAAGAGAACAGGUCGAAUUUUUAGACGAACAUGAACAGGAAAAUUUAAUUGAAGAAUUUCGUAUGCAAAAUGACGGAGCCAAUAAUUUUUUCAAGAUUGUUACAAUCAUUCAUCUUUAUUGUGGAAUCUUCCUAUCACUUGUUUCUGUGAUCAUGGCAAUUGGUACAGAGCAAAUGGAACAAUUGUGGUGGGGAAUACCGUUUGGAUUACUUAUCAUAGAUAUAAUUGCCUUGUAUAUUAUCAAGGAUUCAGAACAAGAUAUAAAUGGUUUAGAAAAAUUAAAAUAUAAGUAUAAAGGUGCAUAG